AUGAUAAACACUGCCCAUUCAUCAAAAGAUAGCUCUGUUUCAAACUUGGAUUCCUUUGUGUUGGCUUGUGGUGCUUUGAGUUCUGCCACAGAUGCCAACGGCCGAAAAUGGGUUCCAGAUUCCGAAGUCGUCACUUCUUCAAAUAAUUCAGUGAUUGCUACUGCUCAAUCCCAGGAUCCUUCAUUGCCUUCUACAGUUCCUUACAUGACUGCAAGGAUUUUCAAAUCUCAAACCACUUACAAAUUUUCAAUCUCUCCCGAGAGUCGCCAUUGGGUUAGACUACAUUUUUAUCCAUCUUCUUAUAACAAUUUCAAUCCAUCCGACUCUUAUUUUUCAGUAACUGCCAAUCAGUUCACCCUUCUGAAAAACUUCAGUGCUUCAGUUACAGCCCAAGCUCUAACACAAGCAUAUAUUAUCAGAGAGUUCUCCAUCAUUCCAAUCCAAUCUGGCUUUCUGAAUCUGACUUUCACUCCAUUGACACAAAGUGGUUCUUUGGCUUUUGUCAAUGGCAUAGAGAUAAUUUCCAUGCCAGAAAUUUUCCAAUCAACACCUAUGGUUGAGUUUUCGGACCACUCCAUUGAUGCAGAGAACUCCACUUUGCAGACAAUGUUUAGGCUGAAUGUUGGUGGGCAGUACAUCCCGGCAAUCAAUGAUUCCAGGCUUAGCCGGACAUGGUAUGAUGACUCACCAUAUCUAUAUGGUGCAGCCUUUGGUAUCACCUCCGAGGCUGAUAAAAAUGUGACAAUUGCAUACACUCCUGAUGUACCAAAGUACAUAGCUCCUGUUGAUGUUUAUAGAACAGGAAGAACGAUGGGCCCAAAUGCAAAUGUUAAUCGAAAUUUCAACCUCACAUGGGUUUUCCAAGUUGAUGGUAAUUUCACUUAUCUUGUGAGGUUUCAUUUCUGUGAUUUUCUGCUUUGGAGGGUUAAUCAGAGGGUGUUUGAUAUUUUUGUCAACAAUCAGACAGCAAUUUCAAAUGCAGAUGUGAUUGCAUGGACAAAAGCCAAGGGAGUGCCAGUGUACAAGGAUUUUGCAGUUUAUGUUGGUGAUGGAAAUGGGGAUGAAGAAUUGUGGGUGACCUUGCAACCUAAUGUCUCGAUGAAGCCUGAGUUCUAUGACGCAAUUCUAAAUGGAUUGGAGAUUUUUAAGAUCAAUGACACAAGUGGGAACUUGGGAGGCCCAAAUCCUGUGCCAUCACCUCUGCUUCUCGUGCCCGAGUCUCAGCAAAGGCCAUUUGAACCAUCAAAAUCAAGUAAUCAUGGAAAAAUAAUCGGUGCAAUUGCAGGUGUGGUGGCUGGCUUUGGUCUAGUAGCUGUUGUCAUUGUUUCUGUCAAGCAUAGGAAGAGAAAAGGCAGAGAAAAAUACUCAAACUCAUCUGGUUGGUUCCCAAUCUAUUGCAACUCUCACUCUUCAGGAAUUGAAACAACGAUAUCAGGCAAGAGUAGUGGCUGUAGCAGCAUUUCCAGUGGCCUCUGUCGACAUUUCACAAUUGCAGAGAUAAGAUUGGGCACCAUGAACUUUGAGGAGUCUCAAGUUAUUGGGGUUGGAGGAUUUGGCAAGGUCUAUAAAGGCAACAUCGAUGGAGGGACCGAAGUUGCAAUCAAAAGGGCAAAUCCCUUAUCAGAACAAGGGGUUAAUGAGUUCCAAACUGAAGUUGAACUGCUUUCAAAGCUACGACACCAUCAUUUAGUUUCACUGAUUGGAGCUUGUGAAGAAAGCAAUGAGAUGAUUUUGGUUUACGAUUACAUGGCUAAUGGUACUUUAAGGGAGCAUCUCCAUAACAGCAAUGCCAAUAAGCCUCCGUUGUCUUGGAAGCAAAGGUUAGAUAUUUGUAUUGGUGCUGCCAAGGGACUUCACUAUCUUCACACUGGUGCUAAGUACCCCAUCAUUCACAGGGAUGUGAAAACUACGAACAUUCUGCUGGAUGAGAAAUUGGUUGCGAAGGUUUCCGAUUUUGGCCUCUCAAAAACCGGCCUUAGUCUCAACCAAACCCAUGUUAGUACAAUGGUGAAAGGUAGUUUUGGCUACUUGGAUCCAGAGUAUUUUCGACGCCAAAAACUGACAGAAAAAUCGGAUGUGUACUCAUUCGGGGUAGUCCUUUUUGAAGUUUUAUCUGGAAGGCCAGCGCUUAAUCCUUGCCUGCCAAAGGAACAAGUUAGUCUUGCAGAUUGGGCACUACAAUGCCACAAGAUGGGCUAUUUGGGGAACAUUAUUGAUCAUUAUAUUGCAAGUGAGAUUAGUCCCGAGUGCUUGAAGCACUUUGCAGAAACAGCUGCGAAAUGCUUGUGUGAUCAAGGGACUGAUCGCCCUUCAAUGGGGUCUGUGCUGUGGAAUCUUGAGUUUGCAGUUCAAUUACAGAGCAAUCCUGAUGGACCAAAAGUGGUGGCAGAGCAGAAGGCUAAUGAUGCUUAUGCUAUGCAGGCAACAUGGUUGAGGAUUGAAGGGAUGAGUGAAGUAGACAAGGAGUCAGAACAAAGCGCGAAUGCAAUCUUCUCUCAGAUAGUGAUACCAUAG